GCCAACACUGCUUCACAAGCUCCUUCCUCGCCUUUCCCUCCUGCUCUCUCCUGCAGCUGCUGUCGCACAACGAGUGAUGGAUUUUCCUUUUUGGGAGCUGCAGAGCAGGAGGACACUUGCAGCACCAACAACACGACGAGUGUCACACUGACAUAAAGUCAGUGACACCUCCCAGCAAAGUCCCCUGCACGUUGCACAACCCCCUGUACUGUAAAGCUGCAUAAAUAUUGACGGGCGACUUUGCACUUUGCAUUCACCACUUGCUGAGCUUCCUCCUCCUCCUGAGACCUGCAGGCAGAGCCCAGGAUGAAGAUUGAGUUUGCUCCGCUCUCCCUGCCUCUGCAGAGGAGGCUUCAGACCGCAGCGGUGGUCCAGUGGGUCUUCAGCUUCCUAUGUCUAGCACAGUGCUGCAUCGCUGCCUUCGUCGGCCUCCUCUUCACCCGCUUUUGGCUGCUCAGCGUCCUCUACGCCGCCUGGUGGUUCGUAGACAGGGAAGCACCGAUCCGGGGCGGGCGGCGGAUCCGCAUGGUGCGGGACAGCGCUGUGUGGAGACACAUGAAGGACUUCUUCCCCGUCACGCUGGUGAAAACAGCGGAGUUGGACCCUAGGCAGAACUACUUGGUGGGAUUUCACCCCCACGGGGUGCUGGCGGUGGGAGCCUUCAUCAAUUUCGGCACAGAGGCGACAGGGUUUUCCACCAUCUUCCCAGGCAUCACCCCACACCUGAUGACUCUCUCCUUGUGGUUCCGUGUCCCCUUCUUACGGGACUACCUGAUGAGCGCAGGCCUUGUGUCCUCUGACAAGGAGAGCGCGUACCAUGUACUGCAGAAGCCAGAGGGGGGGAACCUGCUGGCUGUCAUCGUCGGUGGGUCUCAGGAGGCUCUGGAUGCCCGGCCAGGAUCCUGCACCUUGCUGCUGAAGAACAGGAAGGGAUUUGUCCGCGUGGCCAUCAAGCAGGGCACCCCACUGGUCCCUGCCUUUUCCUUUGGGGAGAAUGAGCUCUACGACCAGUUGAGCAACCCCAAGGGCUCAUGGCUGCGGUGGAUCCAGCACCGGCUCCAGCAGAUCAUGGGCAUCUCCCUGCCCCUCUUCCACGCAAGAGGUAUCUUCCAGUACAGCUUUGGGGUGGUCCCCUACCGCCGGCCCAUCAACACCGUGAUUGGGAAGCCAAUUCCCGUGCUGAAGAAGCACAAACCAUCGGCCGAAGAGGUUGAUCGACUCCAUCAGAAAUACUUAGAAGAGCUGAGAAAGCUCUUUGAGGAACACAAAGCCAAAUACAAUGUCCCAGAAGACAGGCACCUCGAAUUUAUGUAGAGCAGCUUGUGGAAGGUGGAAUUGUGGACAUCAAGCUUCAAGUUUUCCCUGUCUCUGGGAUUGUUUCGCUUCAUGUGUGGGUAAUUCAUGGUCCACACAGUGUGGGGAGAAGGACUUGGUUCUCCCAGCGUUUCCAUCACUCCUCCCUGUAGCACACAUAGAAGAUAACAAGCCAACAAGAUCCCACCUGACUGACCCCACACCACUGGAACUCCCCAGCACAAAGCUCCCACCUCCCAGCUGGUUUCCAUGCCGGCUGCUCAAGAUAUUUCCAGGCAGACAUGAAUUAUGGUUUCCUUUGCAUUUAGUUCAAGUUUCAUUUUCCCAGGCUAGCUGGGUAAAGUUUGUGCUGCAAAAAGCCGAUUCCUCAAAGAUAUCUGAUAGGAUAUAAAGACCUUGGCUGGGAAAAUCACUUCUUGUGUGAGGCUGCUUAUAAGGAACCUCAGACCCCCAUUAGAAUGCCACAGCAGCACCAGCACUGAGACCUCGUGUCACAAAUGAUGGCAUUUCCUAAGGUGAGAGCAUGGCCAGGAGAUGGGAGAAAUGACCUGGGACAGGAAACGUGGCUCACAAAGCCACGUUUGGCAGGUGCUCAAGGCUUUAAAUAGCUGCUGCUCCUUGAUAUCCAGAACUUUAUUAAACUCUGCGCUUAAUGGGAUUUUGCAGCGUGGAAGUUUUAGGUGGCAGGAAGCCAUCUGCUCAGAUCAGCUUUAUUUUACCCUCAGAGAGCCCUUAUACAAUCACAUCUCCUCUCUCCCUUCAUUUCUCUCUCUCCUUCCCACCUGCAAGGAGCUGUCAGAGAUCCCAGGAUUUGUGCUACUGUCAGAAUUGCAUUUAACGAGCUGAACGCACAGCUCUGCUCCCGAGCCAGUGAUGCCAGGACCACCACUGUGGGGUUUUUGAUCUUCACCUUCUCCCUGCUUCAGCCUCAGUGAAGUUAUCCACCCGAAUGACCAGCUGCACAUCCCUCCUGUUCCCAGAAAACCAGCAGCAAUAGGAAAAAUUUGUCCAGAGCCCUUAUUGACAUCGCUACCCGUUCCUGUAAUCCCCCACUUAAUCCAGGCAAAUAAAGCAGGUCACCUGCUAUGA